AUGUUGCGUGUUGCCAUUGUUGUUGCCCUCCUCGCUCUGGCCACCGCCGCUCCGUUCACCACAGAGCUAGAUGGAGAAUGGCAGAUGUUCAAGAUGACCUACAAAAAGGUCUACAGCGCCGAUGAGGAAAUUAAGAGGCGAGCGAUCUGGGAGGAUAACGUAAAAUUUAUUCAGGUUCACAACCUCCAGGCUGACCGUGGAGUGCACACCUUUACCGUGGGUAUGAACGAGUACGGGGACAUGUCCCUGGAGGAAUUCGUCAAAAUAAUGAAUGGAUACAAGAUGACAAACGCCACUAGGACCGGCGCCACCUUCAUUGCUCCUAGCAACCUGGAACUCCCGACGACUGUCGAUUGGAGGACCCAGGGUUACGUCACACCCGUCAAGAACCAGAUGCAAUGCGGUUCCUGCUGGGCCUUUUCCACAACUGGAUCUCUGGAAGGUCAACAUUUUAAGAAAACCGGAAAUUUGGUGUCUCUUUCCGAGCAAAACUUGGUGGACUGUUCCAGGAAGGAAGGAAAUUUUGGUUGCAACGGCGGGUUGAUGGACCAGGCUUUCAAAUACAUUAAACUUAACAAUGGAAUUGACACGGAGGCUUCCUAUCCUUACCAAGCUAAGAACGAGCGCUGCCGUUUCAAGGCGGCUGAUGUUGGUGCAACAGACACUGGGUUCACCGAUGUGCAAAGAGGCAGUGAAAGCGAUUUACAAUCGGCCGUGGCCAGUGUGGGUCCAGUUUCUGUGGCCAUUGAUGCCGGGCACCGGUCCUUCCAGCUCUACCGUAGCGGAGUGUACUACGAGAGAGAGUGUAGUUCUUCACGUCUUGAUCAUGGUGUCUUGGCAGUCGGCUACGGAAGUGAGAGCGGCUCAGAUUACUGGCUAGUGAAGAACAGUUGGGGUGAACAGUGGGGCCAGCAGGGAUACAUCAUGAUGUCACGUAACCGUGACAACAACUGCGGGAUCGCCACUCAGGCCAGCUACCCCUUGGUUUAAUUUAAAUGACAGACUGAAAGAAACUCCAAAACUCCACAUGAUAUUAACGUAAAUCCUGCAGGUGCUCUCAAGCAUUACGGGUGGAUAUUUGCUCUAGACACAAAAUUACAAACUACGAUCUGGACA